AUGUACCAAUUCAGUGUCACCUCUCUUACAAAAAAUGCGAUCGAAGCUGAAAUUUUGACCGGAUGUGCUGAGGGAGAAAAAAUAUUUUUAUCGAAAAUACCAUUAUACCCCAACGAUUUUCCAGUUGAGUUUAGAAGAGUUCAGUUUCCAAUAAAAGUCUGUUUUGCAAUGACGAUAAACAAAGCUCAAGGUCAGACUUUAACUUAUUGUGGUGUAGAUUUACUCUUAGACAACUGUUUCUCACACGGACAAUCGUAUGUGGCAUUUUCUAGAGUUGGAAGACCUGACCAUUUGUACGUUUAUGCGCCACAAAAUAAAACUCUAAAUGUGGUAUGCCAAGAGGUUUUGACUUAA